AGUUUCCCAUUAGGGGAUUUGAAUUUGAUGCUAUCACCAAUCAACUUGUCUGCAAAUCGGUUAAGCUCGUUGCUGCAGAAGUGCAUGAAACUGAAAGUGCUGCCACCAUGCAAGCAAAUUCAUGCUAUAAUGUUAACAUCGUGCCUAGAUAUGAAUGUUCUGUCACUGAAUUCAAGGCUCGUUGGUGUCUAUGCUAGUUGCGGAGAUUUAGAUUCUGCCGAACUAAUCUUUCAAAGAACCCAAAAUCCAAAUAUUUUUGCGUUCAAUUGGAUGAUUUCAGCUUUAUCAUUCAAUUGCUACCCAGAAAAAGCCAUUGAAUACUUUUCCUUGCUUCAAGAAUCUGGAAUUAUUCCGAAUAAGUACACCAUUUCUGUAGUCUUGAAAGCCUGCUUGGGUUUGAAGGAUUUGAGAAAAGGAAAGGAAGUUCAUUGUAUGCUGCACAUGAUGGGCUUUCAAGUGGACUUAUCAAUUGGCAAUGCAUUGAUAGACAUGUAUGGUAAACUCGGGAACAUACAUUAUGCACGGUUAGUGUUUGAUAAAAUGUCUACAAGAGAUGUAGCAACAUGGACAUCAAUGCUAUAUGGGUAUUCAAGCAUGGGAAACAUUGAAGAGUCACUUAUUUUGUUUGAAAGGAUGAGGUUGGAUGGAUUGAAGCCAAAUGAGUUCACUUGGAACGCAAUGAUAUCUGCGUAUGCUAGGAGAGGAAACUGUGAUGCUGUUUUUCUUUUGUUGUCUAAGAUGAGUAAAGAGGGGUUAGCCCCAGACUUGGUAACUUGGAAUGCAAUGAUUUCCGGGUUUGUUCAAAGCCACCGAUACGAUGAAGCCUUUGCAUUGUUUCAGGAAAUGUUGGCUACUGGUCUAAACCCCAAUGAAAGCACUGUCACCUCACUUCUUACUGCCUGUGGAUUGAUUGGCUCGGUCAAGACGGGGAAAGAAAUCCAGGGAUUGGUAUACAGAACAGGGAUUUCCAUUAAUGCCUUUGUUGCCAGUGCUCUUGUUGAUAUGUAUGCGAAAUGUGGAAGCAUACAAGAUUCCUGGAAUGCUUUUAGAAUGGCUCCCUUCAAGAACUCUGUGUCGUGGAAUUCCAUGAUUGGAUGCUAUGGAAAGCACGGCAUGGUGGACUCUGCAAUCAAACUCUUCGAGGAGAUGCAAUGUGAGGCAGUGCAGGCAACUGAACUCACUUUCACUUCGCUUCUUUCUGGAUGCAGUCACAGUGGAUUAGUUGAGAAAGGAUUGGAGAUUUUUAGGUCCAUGGAGGAGUUCUAUGGCGUUCCAGCGCAAAAACAGCACUACGCCUGCAUUGUUGAUCUGCUGUGUCGUUUCGGGUGGAUGGAGGAUGCCUACGACACCAUUAAAGAAAUGCCAAUAGAGAUUACAGAGUCGAUAAUCGGGGCUUUCUUCAAUGGGUGUAAGGUCCAUGAGAGGAAAGAUCUUGUGGAAAUGUUGGGUGAGAAGAUUUUGAGGAAGCCUGGAGGAUUUGUUGCCCUCUCAAAUGUUUAUGCAGCUGAAGGAGAGUGGGAAAAGGUUGAAACUGUGAGGAAAGUGAUGAAAGACAAAGGUUUCAAUAAAAUGCCUGGUUCCAGUUGGGUGUAGAUGACAGAUCAAACUCAGAUAAUCAGACAUUUGUAUGAUCUAAGCAGCUGUUUCUUGCUGCAAAUAAAAUGAAAAGAGUUAUUACUCAGUUU